AUGUGUCAUCAACAAUUGGUCAUCUCCUUAUUUUCUUUGUUAUUUUUGGCAACUCCUCUCAUGGCCAUAUGGGAACUGGAAAAAAAUGUUUACGUCGCAGAGGUAGAAUGGCAUCCUGAUGCUCCAGCUGAAACAGUGGUGCUCACCUGUGAUUCAUCUGAAGAGGAAAACACUAUUACCUGGACCUCAAACAAGAAUGGUCAAAUCUUAGGAACAGGCAAGACCUUGACCGUCCAAGUGAAGGAGUUUACAGAUGCUGGCACCUACAUUUGUCAGAAAGAAGGAGAAGUAUUGAGUCACAAGUUAUUGUUAAUCCGAGUAAUGGAGGAUGGGAUUUGGUCCACAGAUAUUGUAAAAGACCAGAAAGAAUCCAAAACCAAGACCUAUUUGAAGUGUGAAGCCAAGAAUUAUUCUGGGAAUUUCACCUGUUCCUGGCUUACAGAAAGCAGUUCUGACUUGAAAUUCUCUAUUAGGAGCAGCAAAGGCUCUUCAGAUCCCCGAGGUGUAACAUGUGGACCUGCUGUGCUCUCCGAGGAAAAAGUCAAAAUAAACAACAAGGAAUACCAAAAAUAUACAGCAGACUGCCAAGAGGUCAGCGCCUGCCCAUCUGCUGAAGAAAACCAGCCAAUUGAGAUUGUCCUAGAUGCCAUUCAGAAACACAAAUAUGAAAAGUAUACCAACAGUUUCUUCAUAAGAGAUAUCAUCAAACCAGACCCACCCAAGAAUCUUCAUGUCAAACACUUAAAGAACUCUAGGACUGUGGAAUUAACUUGGGAGUAUCCUGAGACCUGGAGUACACCACAUUCCUAUUUCCCAUUGAAUUUCAGCGUUCAAGUUCAGCGUUCAAGAGACAAGAAAGAAAAGAAUAGCUUCAUCACAGAAACAACCUCUGUUCAAGUUGAAUGCCACAAGGGGAAGAAGAUUUUGGUGAAGGCCCAGGAUCGCUACUAUAAUUCAUUCUGGAGCACAUGGGCAUCUGUGUCCUGUGAGUAAUGCAAGAAUUAGUAUAUUGUGUCCUAUUAACUUCUAUACCAAAAAACAACAGAAAAAUGCAUAGACAGUGCAUAAAUCAGGAAAGUACACCCACAGAGAAUAGAGGAAUGGGAGGGAUAAAGAAAAGAAUUUGGGAAGAUAAAAGAAUAAGGUUGGAGGAAAGAUAGAAGUGGAAAGAGAAGAAUAUAAAGAGGGAAAUACAAAUCCCAUGUUAAGCUCUCUGUGUGUUUAGCUACUACUAUGUAGCAACCUAGGAAGGGAUGUGAGAUGCUGGAUCAUCUAGAAUUUGGAUGAAGUGAAGAAGAAAAGACUAACUUUGAAGGAAAAG